GCUGCCAUGCUGCGGCUCUUAUUUAUUUAUUUGAGGAUCAGCCUGGACACCCUUGUCACUGACCACCAAGGCCGUCUGCCCAGCACCCAUUGGCACAAGCUGAUCCUCCACCUCCUGUCCUUCCAGGAAGCCUCUACCGGAAGUGUGCUCUAGCUUACUUCUGCCACCAGGCUCCCCAGUCUUCUGAGGAAGGGCCAUGGGCUGCAGGGUCCCAGUCCUCUCAUAACCCAAAGUCACCAUACUGGACCUGGUGGCUUCUGAGGAGUCUGGGUCCCUUGUUUUGUUUUGUGUUUUGAUUCGUUGGGUUUUUUGUUUUGUUUUGAUGAGACCUCACUGUAUAACCCUGGCUGGCCUGGAACUCACAGAGAUCCACCUGCCUCUGCCUCUGAGUGCUGGGAUUAAACAUGUGCGCCCCCACACCCAGCUAUGUUUUGGUUUUUGUAGUAGUUUUGGAGACAGGUCUCAUGUAGCUCAGGCUGACCUCAAGCUGUGUUGAAGACCCCCCAACCUCAGCCUCCUUGGUGCUGGGGUGAGAAGUGUGCAGCAUCACACCGAGUUUGUGUUGGUGUUUGUGGGUCUGGAAGGUGUGUUACCAGCUGCUCUGUCACCAUGUCCUGGACCAGCCCUCAGCCCUUCCACCCAUGCCCCAGGCGAUGCCCCAAGCCACCCCGUCUAGAGGCACAGCAACAGGGCGUGCUUUGUGUUUCCAGGGAUUCCUUCCCCACUGGAUUUGGAACCUUUGGCCUCAUCCCCAAAACCAUGGAACCGGAAAUCCCAGGCACUGUGUAGCCUUGGGGUUCAGAAGGCUGUGGCCCGCCUAGGCUGUAUAACAAGACGCCAUCAGGAGAGCAAGCAGAUAAAUAGCCUACAAGCUCCCCUUGUCACUGCUGAAGACAGCGCAGAAUCACCCCAUGCUGGUGGAGCUGAAGAAUGGGGAGACCUACAAUGGGCACCUGGUGAGCUGCGACAACUGGAUGAACAUCAACCUCCGAGAGGUGAUCUGCACGUCCAGGGACGGCGACAAGUUCUGGCGGAUGCCCGAGUGCUACAUCCGUGGCAGCACCAUCAAGUACCUGCGUAUCCCUGAUGAGAUCAUCGACAUGGUGCGGGAGGAGGCCGCCAAGGGCCGAGGGCGAGGGGGACCGCAACAGCAGAAGCAGCAGAAAGGCCGAGGCAUGGGUGGUGCUGGCCGAGGUGUGUUUGGUGGCCGGGGCCGGGGUGGCAUCCCGGGUGCGGGCCGUGGUCAGCCCGAGAAGAAACCAGGACGGCAAGCGGGCAAGCAGUGAAUAGGCACAGACCAAGCAGAGCCCAGGACGGUGGGCUAGCCUCUGGGCGCCUUUGCGUGAAGCCCCUGGCUCCCACUGGCUCAGUUUCUGGAAGGUUCCAAGUCAGAGGCACCUCUGAAGCCCUGGAUGUUCUUUGAAGGGCCGGCUUUUUCCAGGCUUGUUUUGAGUUUCAUGUUGGAGCCAUAGGUCAGCACGUGUCGGGCUGGCCUGUCCCUCCCCAGUGGACCCCUUAUCUCUUGUUAUGAAAAUAAAGGCGAGCAUCACAGACA